CACUCCCUGUGCUAGCCAGUGGAAAACAUCUGGUUCCAGUGACAGGAAGGAGGAGUUUCGCCUUCCGAGGACUUAAUUAUGUAGAUCUUAUGACGAUGCCUUGUCUGUGAAAACAACUCCUUGUCGAGAAAUAUCUUUAGGAAGCCGGCGAAGAGAGACAGAGCGAGAAAAUGGCGCUGCGCAAGGUGAAAGGCAACCUGGAGAGGAUGUUUGACAAGAACCUCACCGAUUUGGUCCGGGGAAUCCGUAACAAUAAGGAGACAGAGCCCAAAUAUAUAGCACAAUGCAUGGAAGAAAUCAAGACCGAACUGAGGCAAGACAACUUAGCGGUCAAAGCCAAUGCAGUCGCGAAGCUCACUUAUUUGCAAAUGCUGGGUUAUGACAUCAGUUGGGCAGGAUUCAACAUCAUUGAAGUGAUGAGUUCUCCCAAGUUCACCUUCAAGAGAAUUGGUUACUUAGCUGCUUCACAGUGCUUCCACCAAGAUACAGAGGUCCUCAUGCUGACAACAAAUAUGAUUCGAAAAGACCUCAACAGUCAAAACAUGUACGACUCAGGCACUGCACUUACUGGCCUGGCUUGUUUCAUCAGUGGAGAUCUUGCUAGAGACUUGGCCAAUGAUGUCAUGACCUUGUUAACAUCCACCAAGCCAUACCUACGGAAAAAGGCUGUUCUCCUCCUAUACAAAGUGUUUCUCAAGUUUCCUGAGGCCUUACGACCCGCCUUCCCCCGGCUCAAGGAGAAGCUGGAAGAUCCAGACCCUGGUGUGCAGUCAGCGGCAGUCAAUGUUAUCUGUGAGCUGGCACGCAAGAACCCCAAGAAUUACCUGAGCCUUGCACCAGUCUUUUUCAAACUCAUGACCUCUUCCACCAACAACUGGAUGCUCAUCAAGAUCAUCAAAUUGUUUGGAGCUCUGACCCCCUUAGAGCCCAGAUUAGGCAAGAAGCUGAUAGAGCCCCUCACAAAUCUUAUCCACAGCACCUCAGCAAUGUCUCUGCUCUAUGAAUGCAUCAAUACUGUCAUCGCUGGGAUGCCAAACCACAACGCCUCCAUACAGCUAUGUGUGCAGAAACUGCGGAUACUUAUUGAAGAUUCUGAUCAAAAUUGUAAUUUAAUGUACUCAGCACACUUCCAGCUGAUUGAUAAGGUUUAG